AAAAAAUAUGGAAUCUUUUUCAAUUUAAGUUAUACUUACCCUACCCCUGGCUCGUCAAACACUAGAACGGAUUCUUAGGAAAAUGGCGAUGUCCACCGUCUGCAGGACAGGAGGACUACACAAGUGGAUCUUCCCCUUUUCUGAUAGAUUUAUUGCCAAGACUCGUGGUUCAAAUGGAGUACCUUUCACGAAAAAUGUUCUGAUAAUAAGAGCAUGUUCUGGGAGCGUUUUGCAGAGAAUCCAGAAGAAACAAGAGGAAGCUAUUGUUGGCGGCGGACAGAAAAGAAUCGACACCCAGCACCGCAAAGGUAAAUUGACUGCAAGGGAAAGAAUCAAGCUAUUGUGUGACCCAGAAUCAUUUGUUGAAUAUGAUAUGUUUAUGGAACACAACUGCACUGAGUUUGGAAUGGAAAAUCAAAAGUUCACUGGUGACAGUGUGGUGACUGGUCAGGGGACGAUCAAUGGAAGAGUCUGUUUCCUUUUCAGCCAGGAUUUCACAGUUUUUGGAGGUAGCUUGUCCAGUGCUCAUGCAAGAAAAAUCUGCAAGGUAAUGGACAAGGCUAUGCUAGUUGGUGCUCCUGUUAUUGGUUUGAAUGACUCUGGUGGUGCUCGUAUCCAGGAAGGAGUAGAGUCACUUGCAGGCUAUGCUGAUAUUUUCCAGCGUAAUGUCAUGGCAUCAGGAGUUAUUCCUCAGAUCUCGCUGAUUAUGGGACCAUGUGCUGGAGGCGCUGUCUACUCUCCUGCUAUUACCGACUUCACCUUUAUGGUCAAGGACACAUCAUAUUUGUUUAUUACUGGACCUGAUGUUGUGAAGACUGUCACUCAAGAAGAUGUUACUCAAGAAGACCUUGGAGGAGCUAAAACUCACACUUCUGUCUCAGGAGUCGCUGUUGGAGCCUUUGAAAAUGAUGUUGAGGCUUUGGCCACGAUGAGAGAAUUCUUUGACUUCCUCCCCCUGAGUAACAAGAACCCAUCUCCAAUCCGAGAAUCUGAUGAUCCAUGUGAUAGAACAAUUCCCAACUUGGAUACUCUAGUUCCCUUUGACUCAACCAAGGCUUACGACAUAUUGGAUGUAAUAUAUCCAAUUGUAGAUGACGGUGAGUUCUUUGAGAUCUCUCCAGACUAUGCCAGGAAUAUUGUGGUGGGGUUUGGACGUAUGAACGGGCGCACUAUUGGAAUUGUUGGCAAUCAGCCUACAGAAGCAGCAGGCUGCUUGGACAUCAAUGCUUCUGUCAAAGGAGCUCGGUUUGUGCGUUUCUGUGAUGCAUUUAAUGUUCCUAUCAUAACCUUCGUAGAUGUGCCAGGAUUUCUUCCAGGAACACAUCAGGAGUAUGGUGGUAUAAUCCGUCAUGGUGCAAAGCUUCUGUAUGCUUAUGCUGAGGCGACUGUGCCAAAGAUUACUGUCAUCACCAGAAAGGCUUAUGGUGGUGCAUAUGAUGUGAUGAGCUCAAAACAUCUUCGUGGUGACUUCAACUACGCUUGGCCCACUGCAGAGGUAGCAGUCAUGGGGGCUAAGGGUGCUGUUUCAAUCAUAUUUAGAGGAAAACCAGAUAUUGAAAAAUACGAAGCUGAGUAUGUGGACAGGUUUGCCAAUCCAUUCCCAGCAGCAACCAGAGGAUUUGUUGACGAUAUCAUCAAGCCUCACAUGACAAGGAAAAGAAUCUGCAGAGAUUUAGAAGUACUGGCCACUAAGAAACUUGAAAAUCCGUGGAAGAAACACGGAAAUAUCCCCCUGUAAUCAACUGUCACGGCUAACUUCUAGCAUCUCAAAAUUGGGGAUCAAGAUUGUUGAAUACAUUUUAGAAAAAGCGUCUGGCAUUUUUAACGUAAUAAGGACAUAAAAAGACAAAACCUCUACCCUCUAGCCUCUAGCAUCUAGCAUCUGCUAACCUCUAGCAUCUCAAAAUUGGGGAUCAAGAUUGUUGAAUACAGUUUAGAAAAAGCGUGUGGCAUUUUUAACGUAACAAGAACAUAAAAAGACGAAACCUCAGGCCUCAAUCUUGUAUAUUGCGAGAGAUGCGCUUAUUUCUGGAUUAGCUAUUGAAGAGUUGUAUCCUCUGCCGGCAGUAUUUUAAUUUAGGCUCUAAACAUUGAGGUUUAAAAAGUCAAUAGUUAGAUUUGCCACGAGUGUUUUGAUGGUAUGUUAAUAAUACGAGUAAUUUCUCUAGACUGAUUAUUGUGGUGAAAAAUAUAAUUCCAGCCACAAACCACUGACUUCGUCCCGGAGGAACAUUCCGGCUUCGUUCUUCCUCUAGUCCUUUUCAGUUCCAAAAAUGUAACGAUAAAUGUGUAAUACUUACCUUGAUACUAAAAGAAUGGACCACAUUUUUAACGUAUAUUGAUUGUAUCAAUGUAUGUAGAGUGAAAAACCAUAAAUCAAACUGUGAAAACU